AUGGAAGAUGACACUAGCAAUGAUGUUGCUAGCUCGAAUCCGGUAUCAAUCGUUGUUCAACUCAUCGCUAACGGUGAGACCACGACUGAGACAAACGGUAUCCGCGAAGAUGGGAAUAAAUCGUCCGUCAAUGGGAAAACAGGACGUGCUGCUUGUUCGUAUCAGAUAUGUAUGCCGGUCCAACUGAUUUCCAUAUUGACAAGUUCUGCACUUAUCACUAGUGUUUUAGGUUUGAAAUAUCCUGAAGAUGUUUGGAUGAGGGUGGAUUCCUGUACGAAUUAUCCCAACGGAGAAAACGGGUUGCGUAGUCGACGAACAAUCCCGUUUCGUUCGAGCAAAUUUUGGCUUCGUCUGAUUCGACCGUGGAAAUGGCGACAUUUAAGGCGAAAAGUGCAAAGACCUCCCGACGUCAAUUCGAAUGGCGUGACUAACGUCCGUGUUGACGACGUGCCGCCUAUUUGUUUGUCUCCGACGAAAGUGAACAAUGAUUGCUAUCCGGUGCAAAGCGAAAGCCUUGCUAGUGGAACGAGCGGUGGGAGUGGAUCAUACAGUAGUGAAACUGGCGAAACAAGUAUAUUAGAAGGAUACGUUGGUGUUGAAGCGAAGGAGCCAAAUUUGGAUGCUCGACCUGAGAAACCAGUACUGAAAAAACCUGGUCAACCAUCACGACUUAAUGUUCGUAGAAAACAGACAAGUUACUCAAGAAACGAAGUUGGAUUUGUAAGAGGUGACUUACCAACACGUUUGACCGAUGACAGUGAUAGUGACAAUCCGAUUGAAUAUCGUGACAGCGACACCUACCUUCAGGUCCCUGGCGCAACAUCGCGAUUCAGUGACGACGAAGAAGACGUGCUCAUUGGAGGCUUGGCGUCAAAAGUUCUGCGUAGAGAUACAUUGGCUUUACGACUUGACGCUCCGCCGUGUAAGGAUGAUAUUAGUGGUCAGACAGCUGAUGAUCGUCGAACGUUGAUGCAUAACGCCUCCAUCAAACUGGCAAGAAAACUAAGUGAACGUCCAACAGUUGAAGAACUUGAAAAUCGAAAUAUACUGAGGAAUCCUGCCGGAAAAACAAUGGAAGAGAAACGGAAGCUGUUACUAAGAAAGCUCAGUUUUCGACCAACUAUUGCACAACUAAAAGAACAGCAAAUUAUACAGUUCAAUGACUACGUGGAAGUGACUCAAGCAGAAGCUUAUGAUCGUAAAGCGGAUAAACCGUGGACUCGAUUAACAUCUACGGAUAAGGCACUUAUUCGUAAAGAACUCAACGACUUUAAGGCCACCGAAAUGGACGUACAUGAGGAAAGCCGAAUUUUUACUAGGUGUGUGCGAGCAUUAUUUAUCUACUUAGUUUUUUUCUCAACGUGA